AUGAACGAGAACAACUUUGGAAACGGCAAGGUGCGACCCUGGGCUGUCAUCAAGGACGGCGGUACAGGUUACAUCUCCGCCGUCAAGAGAGCCAGCGGACAAGUCGCCAAGGUGCGCAAGGUCGCCUCCUCCAAUCCCGCUGUCUGGGAGGAUCGCCGAGUUGACAAGGACAAAAAUCUUCUUCCGAUACUAAGAGGAAACAAAAAGUCCAAUUGGGGAGGAAUUCUGCCUGAAUUCGACCACCCUCCAGGUGGCGGGGAGUUGUUUAACUACGCCAAGACGCUGGACAAACUGCAAAAGAAAUUUCCAGACGAGAGGCAAUACAAACUGGCAAAAGCUUCUUUGGACGAUGAAAUAAGAAAUUUCAAUCUUAAACCUGCCACAUCUACUCACAAUGCUGCUGAGCGAGUGUGGGACGACACCAAGGGCCUCAUGGUCAAAGAUUGCUGA